GGCAUGCAUGACAUUCGAUCAAGCGAACUAGCAAUUUGGGUUCACAUUGUGAGCUAGCCAUGACGAACGGAUACGUGUUCCGCGAGUACAUCGGCGCGCAGUUCACCGGCGUCCAGUUCUCGGACGUGCCCGUCAACGCCGGCGUCAGCUUCCACUUCAUCCUCGCCUUCGCCAUCGACUACCUGGCGAGCCAGUCGUCCCCGCCCGCGCCGACCAACGGCGUCUUCAGCCCGUUCUGGGACACGGACAACCUCUCCGCCGCCGCCAUGUCCGCCACGAAGGCGGCCCACCCGAACCUGAGCAUCAUGGUCGCCCUCGGCGGCGACACGGUGCAGAACACCGGCGUCAACGCCACCUUCGCGCCGUCCUCCGUCGACUCCUGGGUGGCCAACGCCGUCACCUCCCUCUCGGUCAUGAUCAACCAGUACGGGCUCGACGGCGUGGACGUCGACUACGAGCACUUCGGCGCCGACGUCGACACCUUCGUCGAGUGCAUCGGCCGCCUGCUCACGCAGCUCAAGGCGAUCUUCCCCAACAUCGCCACCUCCAUCGCGCCAUUCGAAAGACCCGAAAUCCAGGAGUACUACCAGGCGCUGUGGAGCAAGUACUCCAACGUCAUCGACUACGUCAACUUCCAGUUCUACGGCUACGGCGCCAACACUAACGUCGACUACUACGUCAAGUUCUACAACGACCAACAGGCCAACUACCCCGGCGCAAAGGUCCUGGCCAGCUUCAAGACCGGCGACGUCACCGGGCUGCUCUCGCCGGAGCAAGGCAUCAGCGCAGCCAUGGAGCUGCAGCGGCAGGACAAGCUGCCGGGACUCUUCAUCUUUUCCGCCGACAGCUCCAAGCUCGAAAGCUACGGGUUUGAAUAUGAGACCAGGGCGCAGGUCAUCAUCGCAAACCAUUGACGGAUGGGCAUUUCACACUCUAUAUGCACCUGGAUACAGCAUAUAGUUAUAAGUCAUGUGUCCGGUUAUGUCCGGGGAAUAAAUUUUCGUGCAGCGGACCA